GGUGGCUUCCGGAGAGGGACAAGAUAGAACAAGUUUGAUGACCACUGAUGUACAAUGACAUGUCCUUUUAUUAAUAACAUUGUUGACAUAAUCUUUUACUUUUUUCUCUAAGGUUAAGCCAUGGGUGACUGGUCCAUACUUGGUCGCUUUCUGUCUGAGGUCCAGAACCACUCUACAGUGAUAGGCAAGAUCUGGCUCACCAUGCUGCUCAUUUUCCGUAUCCUGCUGGUGGCCUUGGUGGGUGACGCUGUCUACAGCGACGAGCAGUCCAAGUUCACCUGUAACACCCAGCAGCCUGGAUGCAACAAUGUCUGUUACGACACCUUUGCUCCUGUUUCACAUCUACGGUUCUGGGUUUUCCAAAUUGUGCUGGUCUCCACCCCAUCCAUCUUCUAUAUAGUUUUUGUUCUUCAUAAGAUUGCCAAGGAUGAGAAGCUGGAUGGCCAAAGCGCACAGGUGGUAGCCCAGAGGCCCCUCCGACAGAGAUCUGGACACGUGAGAAAUGAUGGCAUGGAGGCCCUGAGGGUCAGUAUGCCCACCUACUGUCCUCAUUACAGGGAGAAAUGUGAUGCGAAGAGGGAAGGAGUAGAACAAAGCUCUCUGGAGGAGGAUUGUGGUGAAGUAGGGGAGGACCCCACCCAGCAGUCCAACCAGGUUCUGCUCAUCUACAUUCUGCAUGUGUUACUACGAUCUGUCAUGGAGAUUACUUUCCUGGUGGGCCAGUAUUUCUUGUUCGGGUUCGAGGUGCCUCACCUGUACCGCUGUGAGACCUACCCUUGCCCUACUCGUACGGACUGCUUUGUGUCACGUGCCACUGAGAAAACCAUCUUCUUGAACUUCAUGUUCAGCAUCAGCCUGGGCUGCUUCAUGCUCAACAUCGCAGAGCUGCACUACCUGGGCUGGGUCUACAUUUUCCGCAUCCUCUGCUCAGCCUGCUCCACCUGCUGCAGUCAGGAGAGGGACACCGUCAGACUAUACUCAAACCACAACCCCCUCCUGCUGCAGCUCAGGCAUUCUCUGAGGGGCCAGCUUGUUCUGCAGACUCCAGGAGCCAUGGCUGCAGAGAAGACCGGGGGUCUGCUCACACAUGCCCCGGCUAUAUCCUUUGAGACAGACUCAAGUGUGGAAUGCACCUCCAAGAGAAGUCCAGAGAGCAGAGACAAAGUGAAGGUCAAGUUGGCCAACAUGGCCAGGCUGGGACGGACUAAGAAGUCUUGGCUAUGAGAGUGGUAUUCUUCUGUAAUGUCAUUCAAUUUUUGAAAACAGGCUGAGAAAGGGACCUCUAAGGCCUGAAAUGUACCCUAUGAACAUGUUAUGUAGAUACUUUGAGCUAUACUAAGGCAAUUUCAUUCACUGUCAAAUGUAUCUGAAGACAGUUCUAAAAAAAGUAAUAAAGUAAAAAAGUGAAAGUAAUUCUGAAAGCAUGGCAGUGAGGGGUACUGUAGUAGGAGACAACAUGAUUAAGCUGUUUCCUUAGUGUCCCAGCUCCAUGAUACAUUGUAAUUGUA